AUGCAGACUACAUCUCAACACUAUAUUCCACCAUUGAACUUUGGCAUGAUUGAAGAAGACUUGUAUCGCUCUGGCCAACCAAAUGAACUCAACUUCCCAUUCUUGGAGAAACUGGGUUUACGGACUGUCGUGUUUCUUGCUCAAGAAGAACCAACCCCAAGAUUUUUGAACUUUCUGGAUGAUCAAGAGAUCCAACUACAUCAUCUUGGCCUGAAUACAUCGUCGAAUGCAUGGGAUCCGAUAACAGAAGAAGUGGUGUUGGAAGCUCUCGAAUUGAUAUUGGAUCCAAAUAACUAUCCAAUGAUGGUCAUGUGUGGGCUUGGUCGACAUCGAACAGGAACUGUUACUGGAUGCCUACGCAAACUCCAAAAGUGGAAUCUGACGUCUAUAUUUGAAGAAUAUCGACGAUACGCUGGUCCCAAAGUCCGAGUAUUGAAUGAGCAAUUCAUUGAAUUGUUUGAUGCUGAUCUCGUCAGGAUACCGUCACCACGUCCCUCAUGGCUGUAA